GUUAGCAUCGUUAGCUUAGCUGUUAGCAUGGUUAGCUUGUGUGUGGUCGGUGUGUGUGUGAGUGUGAGUCUGCGCAGCAACAAUGUGUUCCGUGGAGCCUCUGAGAGAGUUUAUCAGAGAGAGACUAACUGCUGCUGCGGAGGAAAUCUGCUCCCAGCUGGAAACAACCAUCGUCCGCUUCGAGGAGGAGAUGGACCGUCAGCGCAGACUGCUGGACCUCACCUGGAGAGCCCGAACCCACCAGAACCCCGCAGAACCACCAGAUCAGGAGGAGGAGACGGUUCUGUCUGAGCAGCAGCUCUGUAACCAGGGGACCAGAACCCGUCUAGAACAUCUGCCUCCCAGGGUUAGGGAGGAACAGAAGGAACCAGAAGCUCAGCUGUUUCAAGAAGAACCGAAACUCCGUGAGGCUGAAGAACAGCUUGUGUUGAAGAGAGAGGCUGGUGAUGAAAACAUCCGGAGCGAACCAGAACCAAGCGGGUACCGACUCGUCUCUCUGUGUCCUGAAGCUGAGAACCAGGAUCUAGAGGGAACCGAUGAUGCAGGAUCAUCUACAGACGGGUUCUGUGACAGAACCAGAACCAGAGCUGAGAGCUGUCAGGGUGAUGGUACCGCUCAGACAGCUGAGAAGUCCGUAAAAUGUGACGUUUGUGGGAAGGUCUUCAAGUAUCGCUACGAAAUGAAGAUCCACCGGAGAACCCACACGGGCGAGCGUCCGUUCUGCUGCAAGAUCUGCAGUAAGACCUUCAUGAGAAGUUCUGGUCUGUCGGUGCACAUGAGAGUCCACACGGGACACAAACCGUACUCCUGCAAGACCUGCGGGAAGACCUUCACUCAGCUCAGCAGUCUGAACUAUCACAGGAGGACCCACACAGACCUCCCACAGCUGGACCACAAAGCAGAGGAGGUUCUCUGGGCCCAAGACAGGAGCUCCAGUUUGGACCAGGAGGAACCAGAACCUCUGCAGAUGAAGGAGGAACAGGAGGAACUCCGUGUCGGUCAGGAUGAAGAGAAGCUGGUACCGAAGCAGGAGGCGGAGAUCUUCAUAGUGACCCUUGCUUGUGGUAAAAAUGAGACGACAGAACCAGAACCAAACACGGGUCGACUUCUCUCCCAGAACUCUGAGGAUCAAAAUCUAGAUAGAAGCAGCCAGGAACAUGCAGGAUCUGCUCCAGAGGGGGAGUCGAAGAACCGUCUGAACGGAACCAAGCAUUGGACGGUUCACGGUGAUGUGGAGAACCGUCCCGCUCUGCAGAGUCCAGUUGGCGCCGAGAAGCCGGUGAAAUGUGAUGUUUGUGGGAAAGCCUACAAGCACAACUAUGAGAUGAAGGCUCAUCGGAGAGUUCACACAGGAGAGAGACCGUUCUGUUGCAACACCUGUGGCAAAGGCUUCAUGAGAAGUUCUGGCCUGGUGGUCCACAUGAGAAUCCACACGGGUCAGAGACCGUACUCAUGCAGAACCUGUGGGAAAAGCUUCACGCAGCUCAACAGUCUGAACUACCACAGGGGAACCCACGCAGGGGAGUGUUGACCCGCAGCAGAACCUACUGAGCGGAUCACGUCCACACGGCCGGUUCUGAAGAACCCAAAACCUCGAUGCUGAAGAACCGAAGAAAGCAGAGCUCCAGCAAGUUAACCCAUUAAUUUAAAACGGUGAAAAAAGCCGGCGCCCAGCAAAGCGCUGAACGAGAACAAGUCAAAGAAAGCUGAGCAGCACCGUUUGCCCCAGACAGUCCGGUCAGGACUCGCUUUAGGUUCUAAGAGAGGAAGACCUGGCAGCGACGUUUGGACUUAAAGUCAUCGUUAAAAGUCAGGUUAAAAUCCGUCUGUGCUCCUAAUUCCUCCACAGGUCCGUUUAAAGCCUCCGUCCAGCAGGCGUCCUCCUGGCCAUGUCCAGCGGGCCGAGCCUCAGCGGGUUCUACGGCCGUGUUGGAGAACCCGCUGGGACAGCCUGACGGGUGACGGUUCUGUUACCGUCAGAACAUCAUGUUUAGCUCUGUUAAGUCCAGGAUUUUAACACAAGGCAGACGGGAUGUUGUAGACAUUGGUUAGAUGUGUUUAUAAAAAAAGAGGAUGAUUGUUUUUAUUACAAAUGUCUACAGAACAAUAAGGAAAUGCUAAAGAAAGGUUUACUGGAUAAAAUAACUGAUGUCAUAGCGGAACUUAAAUUUCUGUAUCCCACUAAUAAUAUGGUGUUUUCAUCUGUAUCCAUAAAGCAGUGUAACCUUAGCACUAGAACCUUAGCACCAGAACCUUAGCACCAGAACCUUAGCACCAGAACCCUCUGCAAGAACACACAAUAACAUUUAAUGCAGACUGCUGUUCAAAGGUGAGGGAAAUUAUUUAUAGUAUUGAAAGGGAUGAGACAAUAGAAAUUAUAUAAAGAAAUGGCAAUAUGUCAAUUUUAAAAUCAGAUUUCUCCAUUUAUUUCAGCAAAGAACUACAGAGAAAAAAAUGUAUGAAAGCAUCAAACUGCAGGAUAUUUCCCAAUGCUGUAGCUCAUCUUAAGAACAUUGUUAGUUCAAUUACAAAAUCAGAUAAAUAAACUUUAUUUGGAAAAAGCAGAAUAUCAAAAAAGAAAAAGAGAAAUAAUCUGGAUAUUUUACAGUCUAGAACAAAGUAUCUUGUCUCCUGAUCCAUAGAACAUAAUCUAAAGAUCCAGAAAUCAUUGAAAAGGAGAUUUAUCAGUAUUACCGUCUACAACUCUAGCUUUAUUUUAGGUAUUAAUGCUUCAAAUCAAAGAAUUUACUCCACUACUUGAUACUUCUAAAAUUCAUGUGAACUAGACACAGCUAUUGUCCCUGAAUAAAAACUUAGAAAGAUAACUUCGCUCCAGACAACGUUCCCUUUGGAACAACAGAUGAGUGUCGGCCAACAGGAAGUCGUUCUCUGAGGGGGAGCGGAACAUUAAAGGCAUCUGGUCAUUUCAUGGAUUCAGAGGGGAACCUUUUAGAUCAUGAACCUUUAUGUGCCCAGGAAAACUUCAAUUACCCCAAAAAAACUGUUUAAUAAACUGUUGAAAUGUAUACCUAGUUCAUAUUGAUCUUUUAUAAAAUAAAAUGUAUUUUACCAGGACGCUACCACAGUACUGCGGUCAUUACAGAUUGAAGGAAUUCAUUGUAAUAAGAGAUUAGAAUACCCUACAUUUUAAAAGAUUUUACAACAGAUCAGAAUAUUAAAAUAAGAACUAAUUAUAUUACCUAUACACUCCCUCCAAAAUAAUCAAUAAAAUAUAUCCAGCAACAAGUUUUUGGCAUCCAAGUUCAAUUUAAAUACAGAAUGUUGUGUUUUUUGUCUGAGGUUGAGAAUAUUAAACAUUUAUUUUUCUUCUGU